AUGCGUUACUCCCGUAAUUACUGUUGUAUUUGCGGGGCGCCAGCCUACGAUCUUUUCAGAGGAGGAAUGGAUUCGUGGAUCUCAGUAUUGAGAUACGUAAUCACCGAGGCCCACCUGGAAGGUGUGGAUGAAAGUUGGAGACAAUUACCUUCCAGUAUACCGUUUUUAACUCCAGUCAUGGAGCGGAAAGCUACUGACGAUGAAUCUUCAAUUUCUCGACUUUUGAGAUCGCCGUUCCGAAGAUACAUCUUCCCCUUUUUUCAGAAUUGGCCCGAAACUAGUCCUGAUGGACGAGGAGGUUAUCCAAUACAUGAAGGGUGCUGGAGAAUCUUAAACACUCUACUAAAUGAAUCGGAUGUGCACCUCUACGACAAAAUGUCGGCAUUUUUCAAAAUUCUAGCAAAUACUUCAUUCGUUAUAACCGGACGAAAGCUCCUUUGGCCGCACGGGUAUCAUGGAUUAUCAGAAACCAGAGCUCAAGGGGAAAUAAAUUGGAACCCCACACCAAAUGUCAAGUAUACUGAGUUAAACCCCUGGACGCUUGAUGAUACUACCGCUCUACUCAAAAUCGCUUCGAUAAAGCGCCAAACCCAACAAUUCUUAUGCGUGCCACGCAUUUUACCGCUACCUGUGGAGCUCGUACAGAAGGUUUACGGCUACCUGAGUUGGUCCGACAUUGGGAGUUUACUGCUGGUCAAAACUGCAGUGAAUGUCGAAAUUCCGGCUAACUAUUGGAGGUCGUUAUUUCAGCCUAGAGCCGAGUUUGGCUACUUUCACCUUGACGAGAGCGUCGAGACAAACCAGGCUCUUUCCCCAUUUCAGAAAUUUUGUGCAGCCAGGGCGCAACAGGUUGAGCAGUCAGAUGCCCUCAAAAACCGUCGUAGAAUCUGGCAGAUCUGUAAAGAUCUUGCGGACCAGAUUAUUGAUGUAUCUGGCUGCCAGAUACAAGGACUAGAUCCUUUAGAUCCGUCUGAUUACUUUGGUACUAUUAUGGAGCCCUUCCCUCCAAAACCAAGUUGCUGGGCACAAUGUGAUGGGUUUUUUUAUGAUGGCAGAGAGGAUUAUGGUCGGGUAUUCCGGGGUUCUAAAGCAAUUUAUGAAGGUGAAAUCGACGUAGAAUCGAUUGAAGCCUUGCUUUUAUCGUAUACUGGGACCGGUAGCAUGUCAUUUCUGUCGGGCAUUACUGUCCUCCCUAGUGGAAAGCAAAUUGGGUAUAUCACUAAUAGAACGCGCCUUGUUCCUUGGGUUUCAAAGACUGUUCUGUCAGUUGCAGUCUCAAUAUAUGGGAUUGUAGAUAUUUCACUCUCUGAUUCAGUUUAUGAACCGAAUUGGAUGCCUGUGGACAAAGACCUUCGAAAGAACGACAUAGCGGUGAAGUACAGACUCCUUGCAGAUACCGUUGAUCCGGUGAAAGUUCAAGGGAGAUGGGAUGCUUCAAAAAUGACCGAAAUAUGUCUGACCACAUCUCAAAUUAUGGACGACCAAUGUUUAAACAAUGAAACGGAAACCUUUUUACAGCAACAUGCCUGGGCUUCAAUACCCGGAAUUCCACCGCUGGAAUUAGACGUUAACCCUCGGUCUUACGCAGGAGCUCCUUAUAUGUGGCAAGGAGCCACCAGAUAUUGCCCUAUGCGAUAUAUUGUCUUCCACCACGCUUCGUGCCUGACGAUGAUUAGCUCUUGGUCAACUGGUGGUCGAAUUUCUGCCCUCGUAUUCCAUUAUAAAGAUCAUCCGCCAGUUUUUCUAGGCAAACGUUGUGGUGAGCUUGUGGAUUUUCCUAUCAACGGCGAAUCAGGAGAAGAGAUAGCUACAAUACAUGUACUGCUACACAAAGACUCUCGUGAUUCUAUUUGUGGUUUGAUGUUUGAAACGAACACAAGAAGAAGGGCCCUAUUUGGUGUGGUAAAGGCUGGCCAUUGCUAUAGUCGUUGCAUUCUACCAGCACAAGGUCCAAGACUACAGGGUCUCUACGGUAUUAAUGUAGAGUUUCGGUUAUCUACGCAUGGUCUCACUUCUAUCGGUGUGAUAACGCGCCGGGGUGAUGAUACAAAUUCCCACCCUCCUCCUGCUCCUCCAUUUGACAUCAGUGAUCUAAGUGCAGAAAGUGCGAUCUAUGUCGAACAUGUUAGCCGGGACCGGAUCCAACAAGAAAAUCGAGUUCGAUUAAUUGGCGAAUACCACUAUCUGACUCAAUCGCUUCAUUUUGGUAAUGCGGGGCAAUACGCAAACAAAGCGCCUCUCAAAGGCUGCCGUCGAAUCAUAUUUUACGGACAAGAGAAUCCUCACCGAAGAAUCGUGGGGAUGAAGCUCUAUUACAAAGACGAAAUCAGGGAAUGUGGAAAUCCUCGAAUACUUGGGCGUAUUUCGGAUGCGGUUGAGGAGCCGGCAGCCCUAGAGCUGCCGGAAGAUGGGAGCGUAUUUAUUUCCCGCAUAAUAGUUUACCUUCGACAUCCGGAAUCGGGAGGUCAUCGAAAUCUUUCUUCUGUGUAUGGUUUGAGGAUACAGACAUCCGACGGCAGGUCCACGCUUUGGGGGACGGCAGAAAGUGAUGUUUCUAAAACUACCCCGGAGAAGGAAUGGGAGCUACGGCGUAACUCUACAAUACGUUGGGAUUACAAUAGAAGCUUUGACAUUAUUACUAUCAUCGACGAAGAAGAUGAGGAUGUGAAUGAAAGCAAUGAUGAAGAUGAGUAUGGGGAAACUUCCAGGUCUGGGUACGAGACAAAUGGGGAAGGGAAGAGCCAGAAUGUGGUUGAGCGCUCCUAG